AAAUUGGCAGAUAUAUAUAUUGAAAAUAUGCCCUCUCUCUUUUUCAUCCGUCUGUCUCUGUCGUCGCUGCCGAGCAUUCGCGAGCAUCGCCGAAGACGGUCGAACGUGACUCUCGAAUUUCCGGCGCACUGGUGAUGAAGGAUUUCAUGAUGGCGCGCGUGUGAGAAAUUACAUUACGGUCAUACACACAGGUCGAAAAAAGUCGGAUCGUUAGACACGCGAAUCUAUCGUUUAUCGGGAUCACGCAGCGCGUGCGAUUCUCCACGAGCUACGAUCGCGGGCACGCUAGCUGUCAAGUGUUCGCUCUCCCCCGACGCGUGUGCUUCUCGUUUUCGGGCAUCGGCCGAUCCAUUUUGCAGCCUCGCCGCGGACGCAGCCAUGCAAGCGCAACAGCAGACGCAGCAGCAGCAGCAGCCGCAGCAACAGCAGGGCCACCAGCAGAUAGCGGGCACCAAUGUGAUAUUGAAAAUGAACGAGAUUCAGCAGCUGUCGACUGUCGGGUUGCUGGAACUUGCUCACAGAGAAUACCAGGCAGGGGACUAUGAAAAUGCCGAAAGACAUUGCAUGCAGCUGUGGCGACAGGAAACAAACAAUACUGGUGUUCUUCUUUUGCUCUCCUCGAUACAUUUUCAAUGUAGAAGAUUAGAGAAAUCAGCACAUUACAGCAGUUUAGCAAUAAAGCAAAAUCCGUUGUUAGCGGAGGCAUACAGCAAUUUGGGGAAUGUAUAUAAAGAACGCGGACAAUUGCCGGAAGCACUGGAGAACUAUCGUCAUGCUGUCAGAUUGAAGCCAGAUUUUAUUGAUGGUUACAUCAAUUUGGCAGCAGCACUCGUUGCAGCUGGGGACAUGGAACAGGCUGUUCAAGCAUACGUUACAGCGCUACAAUACAAUCCUGAUCUUUAUUGUGUACGGAGUGAUCUUGGUAAUCUUUUGAAAGCACUAGCAAGACUUGAUGAAGCAAAGGCUUGCUAUUUGAAGGCGAUCGAGACGCGACCAGAUUUCGCGGUUGCUUGGAGCAAUCUUGGAUGCGUGUUCAACGCGCAAGGGGAGAUAUGGCUUGCGAUACAUCACUUCGAGAAAGCAGUUGCCUUGGAUCCAAACUUCUUAGAUGCCUAUAUCAAUCUUGGAAAUGUUUUAAAAGAAGCUAGAAUCUUCGACAGAGCUGUAGCUGCUUAUCUUCGUGCAUUGAAUCUCAGUCCUAAUAAUGCAGUCGUGCAUGGAAAUUUGGCAUGCGUUUACUACGAGCAAGGGCUUAUUGACCUGGCCAUCGACACGUAUCGCCGUGCUAUUGAACUUCAGCCAAAUUUUCCAGAUGCUUAUUGCAAUCUGGCAAACGCCCUCAAGGAGAAGGGCCAAGUGGUCGAGGCGGAAGAAUGUUACAAUACCGCCCUCCGGCUUUGCCCGACACACGCCGAUUCUCUCAAUAAUUUGGCCAACAUAAAACGCGAGCAAGGUUAUAUCGAGGAAGCGACACGCUUAUAUCUUAAAGCUCUGGAGGUAUUUCCUGAGUUUGCAGCUGCUCAUAGCAAUUUGGCUUCCGUCUUGCAACAGCAAGGCAAACUAAACGAGGCGCUAAUGCAUUACAAGGAGGCGAUUCGUAUACAACCGACUUUUGCCGAUGCUUAUUCAAAUAUGGGAAACACGCUCAAAGAGAUGCAGGACAUACAAGGCGCUUUACAAUGCUACACACGAGCUAUUCAAAUCAAUCCGGCUUUUGCUGACGCUCAUUCUAACUUGGCAUCGAUUCACAAAGAUUCCGGCAACAUUCCUGAAGCGAUACAAUCUUAUAGAACAGCACUGAAAUUGAAGCCAGAUUUCCCUGACGCCUAUUGCAAUCUGGCGCAUUGUCUACAAAUAGUGUGCGACUGGACAGACUACGAAGCCAGAAUGAAGAAGCUUGUAUCUAUUGUCGCUGAGCAACUAGACAAGAACAGACUGCCUAGCGUACAUCCGCAUCAUUCCAUGCUUUAUCCUUUAUCUCACGAAUUUAGGAAGGCUAUCGCUGCUAGGCAUGCUAAUCUUUGUAUCGAGAAGAUCCACGUUCUCCACAAACAGCCGUACAAAUAUCCACGUUCGAUUGGCACACGCUUAAAGAUUGGAUAUGUUUCGUCGGACUUUGGGAAUCAUCCGACCAGUCACUUAAUGCAAUCGAUUCCUGGUUUGCAUGAGCGCGAGAAUGUCGAGAUUUUUUGUUAUGCGCUCAGCGCGGACGAUGGCACAACUUUUCGUGCAAAGAUCGCGCGUGAAGCCGAGCACUUUGUUGACCUGUCACAGAUUCCAUGCAACGGCAAGGCUGCCGACCGCAUCAACGCUGACGGCAUUCAUAUCUUAGUGAACAUGAAUGGUUAUACGAAGGGUGCCAGGAACGAAAUCUUUGCCUUGCGACCGGCGGCGAUACAAGUCAUGUGGCUGGGCUAUCCCGGUACUUCCGGCGCAAGUUUCAUGGACUAUCUUAUUACAGACGAGGUCACGUCACCGCUGGAGCUCGCCAACCAAUACAGUGAGAAGCUCGCUUACAUGCCACAUACUUACUUCAUUGGUGAUCACAAGCAAAUGUUUCCUCAUCUGAAGGAACGUUUAAUUCUCACGGAUAAAUCGAAUCAUAAAGGCAAGGUAGCCGAUAAUGUGGCAGUAAUCAAUGCCACCGAUCUUUCCCCGAUGAUGGAAAAUACUCUGAUAAAGGAGAUCCGCGAGGUAAUCGUACAAGAUGCAAAGAAACAACCUGUCGAAAUUUCGCUUAAAGUUGCCGAGUUACCGACUACUACCCCGAUCGAAACGAUGAUCGCUUCCGGUCAAUGUCAGAUGUCCGUAAACGGUGUCGUCGUGCAAAAUGGUAUGACCACUACACAGGUGAACAACAAGGCCGCCACGGGCGAGGAGGUGCCUCAGAACAUUGUGAUCACAACCAGACAGCAAUAUGGCUUGCCCGAAGAUGCUGUUGUCUAUUGCAAUUUCAAUCAAUUAUAUAAAAUUGAUCCUCUUACUCUUCACAUGUGGGCACAUAUCUUGAAACAUGUGCCAAAUUCUGUGCUAUGGUUGCUACGUUUUCCGGCGGUUGGCGAACCUAAUCUCCAAGCGACGGCGCAACAAUUGGGUCUAACACCUGGCAGAAUUCUCUUCAGCAAUGUCGCUGCUAAAGAAGAACAUGUAAGACGAGGCCAAUUAGCUGAUAUAUGUCUAGAUACGCCACUUUGCAAUGGACACACGACCAGCAUGGAUGUUUUGUGGACCGGAACGCCGGUGGUUACGCUACCGGGCGAGACUCUAGCUUCUCGUGUCGCCGCUAGUCAAUUGAACACUCUCGGCUGCCCCGAGUUGGUAGCGCGAACACGACAAGAGUAUCAAGAUAUCGCUGUUAGGCUGGGUACUGAUAGAGAAUAUUUGAAAGCAACAAGAGCCAAGGUUUGGAAGGCCCGCUCGGAGAGCCCACUGUUCAAUUGCAAGCUAUAUGCGAUGGGCAUGGAAAUGCUAUAUAAAAAGAUGUGGGAGCGUUUUGCACGCGGAGAAAAUCCAGACCAUAUAGCAGCUGUCGAUAAGAAUGACAACCAGAAAUCAUUGAGCAUGUCUUAAAACAAUUUUUCCGACAUUUCGAUCGUUAUUCCGACGUUACGAUCGCUUUAAUCAACUUCGACUUCACGAUUAAAGAUUCUUCGUCUCCAGGAAAUUUUAGAGUUUACAGCCGUGAUUAAUAUCUAUUCUUUCCUAAUGAGAAAAUCUUAUAUAAAUUUCAUAUCUACUAUUGUUUUGUACGAUAAAUUCACGAAGCUUAAACUAGACAGUAGACAUGAAUAUAUGUAUAUAUAUAUAUAUAUACACAUAUACAUAUAUAUAUAUAUAUAUAUACAUAUACAUAUAUAUAUAUAUAUAUAUAUAUAUAUAUAUAUACAUACACACACACACAUAUACACAUAUAUAUAUACACAAAGUUCCGUACGAUAUUCACUCUGCUCUCCGCUCUAUUGCUCUUGUUAUUUAUAGUUUUCUUUCAAUGUAAUAUUUACGCUCUUUCUCUCGAUUGAAAAAUAAUCAGAUCUACAUUUUGUGGAAAACUAAAAGAAAUUUUGUUCAACAUCAAAAUUUAGAAAAGUUAUUAAAAUAUCAACAAUAAGAAAAAUAAUAUUGGAGAAUAUAGAGAAACUAUGUUUUCAAUUUUUUAUUUUCCAGAUUGUUCGUCUUUCUAUACAAUGUAAUAUUGACAUUUAAAUAAAGCAUUUAUAGUGAGUUUAUCAAAUGUACAAAAUUGAGAACAAAAAAAAAAAAAAAAUUCGAUAUUUUAAACUUUAAGAAUUGUAAAAAAAUUAAAUAUUCCUAAAAUUAUAAAUUUAGACCUUUGAAAAAAAGUUGAAAUGCAAUAUUAAGAAAUUAUUGUAUGCAAAGAUUUUUUUUUAUUAGAAUCUACAAUUUGCGAACUGGAUUAUUACAAAUUCCAAUCGAUUUGAGAAUUGUACAUUCUGCUUCUGCUGCUACAAUCAUUGCAUUGAUUUGUUUAUUGUAAACAAUUUAUCAAAACACUUUUUUUCUUUCUUAUAGUUGAUCCUUUAACGCACAGAUAUCCUUUGCACAUAAUUUGCCUAUAAAUGCAAGGACACUUGACAAAGAUUAGAGUUACUCUUUCUCGAGUUCCUUAUAUCCUAGCUUAUCGUUUAUUCUUUAUCAUCAUGACAAAAAAUUAACAAAAAGGCCGCAGAUUCCGAUCUGAAUUGAUAGUUAGGUCUUUACAGAAAUAAAAAAACUAAAAGCAUCUUAAAAUGACAGAGAAAAAUAAAAUACAGAAGUUUUGAGAGAUCUUAUAAUUUAAAACAUCAAUAAAUCUUAAGAAAUUUAAGAUUAAAAUGACAAUGAUUCAAUAAUUUCAUGAUAUAAAGUUUUAAAAAUUUAAAUUCAAAUAUUCUUUUAGUCAAUAUUUUAAGUAUAUAAAAACAAAUCAUAGAAAAUUUAUCGUAAAUUUUUCUAAGCAUCAUAAAAAUGAAAAAAAUCGAAAAAACUUAAAAAUAAUUCCAUAAAAGAUUGACCUAAAAAAAUCAAGAAUCUAGGAAUCUCUUAGGUCUUAGGAUCUCGACAUCGAGAUCCUACAAGCAUUUGAAGAACAAGACAUGUUUAUUUUAGUGACCUUGAACAGCAUGUAACGCAAUUGUAUUAUAUGAAGCGACUAAGGAUAAUAUACGUGUAAAUAUUAAGGAUAACUGUUAAUUAUUUACUUUAAUUCGAUAAUUGAGUGAAUUGCGCGAUUUUUGUGUGAGGUAGUAAAAAAUAUUGAACUGUAAUGAACUGAUGUACGUGUAGAGAAUAAAGACAAUGAAUGAAAUAAUAA